AUGACAACUGUGCUGCUGCUCACGAUUGUGUUCUCUGUCGCUUUGGCCGCUGGAGUCCAAAAAAGGGACUUCCUGGAAGCUCACAAUUAUUUCCGAGCGAAAGAAAAUGCAAAAGACAUGCAAGAAUUGACUUGGAGUAGAUCACUACAGAAGAAAGCCGCAGAUUGGGCUGAUAAAUGUUUGUGGGAACAUAGCCCCAAAUCGGACCGAAAGUUCAAGUCGGCAUCUACCGCAGGAGAAAAUCUAUUUAUGUCUACAGCGAAAGAUUUGAACGUAACCAAGGCUGUCAACAUGUGGUACAAUGAAAAGAAAUACUACAGUUACAAACAUAAUUCAUGUGAAUCUGGGAAAAAGUGCGGUCACUAUAAACAGGUAGUGUGGUCUAAAUCUUACAAACUUGGGUGUGCUGCCAAGAGAUGUCAGCCACUCUACGAAGGAAAGACCGUGGUGAUGAAUCCGAAGGCCUGGUAUAUCGUAUGUCAGUACGGACCUGGAGUUUUAAAAGGCGUGAAACCAUACACAAAAGGGAUCCGGUGUUCCCGAUGUCCUAACGACACCACAUGUGACUCUAGAAAGCUGUGUGUGAUCUCCGACAAGCGGCGAGAACUUCAGCUCCUGCUGGAGGCUUUUAACAAAGACUUUGAAGAAAACAUCACUGAGGAAUGA